UUAGUGUUUACAUGGGCACUCGGCGAAAAUGAGAAUAUCAAAAGAAAUACUUUAUUCGUUUUCAUCGCUCCGUCCGCUCAAAACCACGAGUUGCGACCGCAUCUACGGUGGCGCCGACGUCCUCCCGCUAUCGGUGAUAAACGGGCAGGGGAUUUUCGAUUAUUUGACUGUAACAAAAAACCACUUACAACCAAUUUCGCGCCUAUCAUAUAGCUCCAUUAGGGUUUUGUCUAAUGGCGAACAGGACGGAUCCCACUGCAAAGAGCAUCCAUGGAACGAACCCUCAGAAUCUCGUUGAGAAGAUCGUCCGCUCGAAGAUCUACCAGAAUACCUAUUGGAAGGAGCAAUGCUUUGGUCUCACAGCUGAGACGCUCGUUGACAAAGCCAUGGAACUUGACCACCUUGGCGGUACCUUCGGAGGCAACCGCAAGCCCACUCCUUUCCUUUGUCUCGUCAUGAAGAUGCUCCAGAUACAGCCCGAAAAGGAGAUAGUUGUUGAAUUUAUCAAGAACGAGGACUACAAGUAUGUCCGCAUUCUGGGUGCUUUCUACUUGCGGCUGACGGGGUCGGUGACGGAUGUGUACCAGUACCUCGAGCCGCUAUAUAAUGAUUACAGGAAGCUUCGACAAAAGCUUUCUGAUGGAAAAUAUUCUUUGACUCAUGUGGAUGAAGUGAUUGAUCAGCUUCUCACAACCGAUUACUCAUGUGAUAUUGCUCUUCCUCGCAUCCAGAAAAGAUGGACUCUUGAAGCUUCUGGAAUUUUGGAAGCUAGGAGGAGUGCUUUAGAAGAUGAUUUUGAGGAGGAAGAAGAGAAAGAAGAUGAGGCACAAGCUAUGGAUGUUGAUGUAAACACCCAUGAAAAGGGUUAUUAUCAUGGGCGAAGUCCAACAAGGGACAGAGAUAGAGAUAGAAAGCGCGAUAAUUAUAAAUAUAGGGAACGGGACUAUGAUAGGGACAGGGAUUAUGAUCGGGACUAUGGCAGAGGGCGUGAAAGAGACCGAGAUAGGGAAAGAGACCGCCAUCGUCUUAGAGAUGAAAAGGGCUUUGGUCGAGAGAGGGAUCGCGAAAGAGAGAGGGAUGGCAGAGAACGUGAUAGGAGAGAACGUGAUCGUGGGAAACGAAGGAGUCGGUCGAGGAGCAGGAGUAGGGAUCGCCGAGAGCGAGACCGUGAGGAUGGGGAGCACCGCAGGAGGCGCGCUCGUGGCAGCAGCAUCAGUCCUCGUAGACAGCCUGCAGAUGAUGGUAAUUUUCAGGAUGAAUCCAAGAAGAAGAAGAAGAAGGAAAAAGAUAAAAAGAGUGAUGGCACUGAUCACCCGGACCCAGAGAUUGCAGAAGCCAAUAGGCUUCGGGCUUCUCUUGGUCUGGCACCAUUGAAGCUCUAAACCUUUUUUUUUCUGUCUUACGGUUCAGAGUGACAAUUCGCUCUCUAAAUUGUUGAAAAGCCCUUCCGUUUUACACGUUUCAGCGUUAUUACAUCUCUUGUUUAUUUUGCUCACAUUUUUGAGUUUUCAUUUAGAAGGCUGAUUUUAGGUAUCCGCCCGGAAUUUAUGUAUACUAAAUUAUGAUUUCAGGUUUGUAACACGCAGUUUCACUUUUGUUUUUGAUAA